UCUGAAACACACAGCUAUUAAACGUCAAGAAGGUCAUUACUGUCAUUUCUAGAUGCUGUUUGUGCUUACAUCAUGUUCUGUUCCAAGUUCCAAGGAAGGUCCCUUGAUCCAAGGAUCCAGAGGAACAUCACAGGUUAUGGAGUCUAUCUUUGAGAAUCUGAAGAUGACAUACCAGCUUACUUUCUUUUCUUCAUUUUUGGAGUCAUUACACUUUAUGCAUCACACUUCAAGAUGUGCUCUAUAUCUAAACAUCUCAUUUGUUUCAGAUUUGUUUGCACAGUGGUAGAAAAAUGAAGAAAGAUUUUAAAAAGAGAGCUUGAAUUAUUAUUAUUAUUUUUUAAAGCUAGUAUCACUCUUAGAAUUCAGAUGGUUCUUAUUAACAAAGGUUUGGACAAGAAUCAGGAUUUACAUUCCCUUCUGAAUAGCUGGAAUAAGAUCAUUAGUUGGAAGAGCUUACUGGCCCUUAAAGACGUAUUUUUCUGCCGUAACUACUUUUGGCUGUAAGAUGGGAUACUAACAUUGUAGUCUGAUUACCCUUUACUUUCUCUUUCCAGAUGAAUUCCAGUUUGAUACUGGCACUUUCAUUAUUAAACAAAAAAAAAAAGAGUCUGAAAUUCCAGUUCUUUCAUGUGGUGUAACACAUCUUUUAGUUCUCUGGACUUCAUUUUGGGUCAUUUCAUAUUGGAAGCCAAAAAUCCCAAGGUACACACCUGGCAGAACCAGCUCCAGAACCGUUUGGAAAAGGUGCAGAGAGAGGAAAGGACGAGGUAGGGUGGAUCUGUUUGCACAGAUCUCAAACGUAGCCAACUUUGAGAUGGAUUUUUCCCAUUCCUGCUGACAGUAGUUUCCCUGUCAGUGCCUGAGAUCUCCAGUCACUGCCUGGUGCUGGCUAAUUAAGAUGUAGGAAACCCUGCUGUCCUGUGAAACACACACACACUUUGUAGUCCAUGCUGAAAGUAUCAAACAAAUCAACAUGUCAUCACGUGUCAAUCUGUAAUUUCAGGGUAUGCUUUAAAACACUGUAAUAUGGAGAUUAUAUACAACUGUAGUAGGUUAGGUAACUUCUUUCUAGCCAGCAUUUUUCUCUCUAGCUAACUUCAGUUUACCAGUUUUAUUCCAUUGAGGCCAUUGACUUCAGGCUAAUCGGAUUCACAUGAUUCUUCUAAAGUUGGUUCCUGUUAUUUAUUUUCAGAGAGAUUUAUCUCAAGUGGCCAUUAACUCAUUUUUCCCUCACUGCAUUAAAGGGAUUUCUAUCCAAACUGAGAUCUGAUAUCUUUUAUUUGUUUAAUAUCAGUUUGUUAUAUAUAAUUUUCUGUCAAAGCAAUUUUGUGCAUGUUCAUCGUGUGUGUAAAUGGUUGGUCUGUCACAAAAAGGGCUGCAUCCCAGUGCAAGUUGAACUCUGUGUGUCCUUGCAAGAAUCUUCUUGUUGUGCUCUUCUAUUAAGAGUCUCCAAUGUCUACUGCAAGAAUCCAGCACCUGUUGCUGCAGGCUGCAUCUCUCCUAUUGUGUAGCUUCAUUUGGAGUGAAUGGCCUGUCAAAGAAGCUAGAAAGUUGAUGGGCAAUAGACUUGGUUUGUUUUCUGGGGCCAAAGUGAAUCAAAAGGAAUUGUGCUCCUUUGUUCCACUGCUGAUGGCUGAGGUUUGGGGACAAACAGAACUGGGGUUCUAGGAGCCCAUAGUGGUGCUCUGAAAUCAUCCUUUGAAGUGAGGCCCAGGCAGACAGGUGCAGGGAAGAUGCCAUCUCAAGGCUGCUUCUUUGCAGAGGCAUUAGCAAUUGAAACAUUUGGGUACCGGUUCAGGAGAGUAGGAGUGACAAAAUCAGGUGCUUGCAAAUAAGCCGUUCUGAUUACUUACGGCCCAAGAACUACAAAAUGAAGCUUAAAUAUAAACGCUUUCCAAAUUCGGAUAGGUUUCUGGUUUGGUGAAUCCUCACCCCGCAGAUGAUGAUUCAUAAUACCCUUUUUCUUUAACUGUCCAAGGACAAAAGCAUGGUGGGCUAUCGAGCAUCCUCAUUAUUCUCACUGACCAAACUAAGGCUGUUGUCCAUCCUGUGAUGAUGAUGGUCACGGUGACACAGUGGGCGACCAUUGCUGCAGGGCAGCAUUUUUCUCAGUCUACUGCUCUCCCUAGAAAUACUCAAAGGAGCAUUUCAGCACUGGAGGCCUUCAGAACAAAAGGAAGUGCAUGAGACACAGUUGAACACUGAGUGAGCAACUCCCAGACUCAGCUACGCAGCCAAACUGGCCCGAUGGCAUGCUGCAGCCAACCCCAGCUCAGCAUCUGGAUGAAAUAAAGACCUUUCUCAGGAGCAGCUUUUUGUGCAAUAUACUCAGAGGUGCAUAGCGUAAUGUCCAUGCUGUACUACACUCUGAUUAUAGCUUUUUUGAUCGGCACACAGGCAGCUCCAAAGUCAGAGGACAAUGGUCCACUGGAGUAUCCUGCAGAACACUCCUUACCCAGUACACAACAGAGUAACGGACAGCACAUUUCCGAGGCAGCCCCACAGACAAGCCACGGCCGCUUUGCUUGGAUGCCAGAUGGAACAGAAGAUUUAAAUAUCGCCAUGGACCAAAAUUUCUUUAACAAGAAGCGUUUCCGGUCUUCUCGGGUCCUGUUCAGCACGCAGCCACCUCCAGUGUCAAGGAAAGGACAGAAUACGGGGUUUCUCAGCAGUGCAGUCUCUCUCAACAGGACUGCCAGGACCAAGAGGACUGCACAUCCCGUACUGCACCGGGGAGAGUUCUCAGUGUGCGACAGUGUCAGCAUGUGGGUCGGGGACAAAACCACAGCCACUGACAUCAAAGGCAAAGAGGUGACCGUGUUGGGAGAGGUCAACAUUAACAACAACGUUUUUAAGCAGUACUUUUUCGAGACCAAGUGCAGGGACCCUCGGCCGGUGUCCAGCGGGUGCCGAGGGAUCGAUGCGAAGCAUUGGAACUCUUACUGCACCACCACACACACCUUCGUCAAAGCACUGACCAUGGAGGGCAAGCAAGCAGCCUGGCGAUUUAUCCGGAUUGACACAGCCUGUGUCUGUGUGCUCAGCAGGAAAUCGGGGAGACCCUGAGACGGAGCUGAACCCCACAACAGCAUCCUCCUAUCCCCCUACCUCAGCCUGUAAAUUAUUUUAAGUUAAAAAAAAAAAAAAAAAAAAAAGGACUGCAUGGUGUAUUUAUAGUUUAUACGAUACAAA